UAGAUUUAUCUCCUGAUCCUCCUCACUCCCUUAAUUCAUCCUCUCAUACUUGUCAUUCAUCAUGGCUGAUUCUUCUGCUUCAUAUAUACACAUGGUGCAACACUUGAUUGAGAAGUGUUUGAUCUUUCACAUGACGAAAGAAGAAUGCAUGGAAGCUCUCAGAAAACAUGCAAAUAUUGAGUCUGUCAUAACUUCAACAGUGUGGAACGAGCUAGAGAAGGAGAACAAAGAAUUCUUCGACGCCUACUCCGAGUCUCACAGCAAAGCAGAUCGAAAAUCAGAUGCCCAAACACACAAAAUGAUCGAGAAGAUACUACUGGAUCAGAAGACCUCUAAAGAUUCCGACGGCUAGAUGCAUCGAAUAUUCAUCGAAUCAACAACUAUAUAUGUAUAUAUCAAAUGUGUAUAUGUAUGUAUGUGAAUAGAUUCCCGAUUCCGUAAGAGAGAUGAUCAAGUAGACCAUGUUUCUCAAGCGUGAUUCUGUAGUACUUGUAUCACAAGCAGCCAAAGAGCAAGGGAAUUGCAUGCUAGCUAGCUAGAUAACCCGUUUAGUUGGAAAUCUAUGUACGAAGGGAGUACAUUGUGGUCCCACCGGAGAUCAUAGAGUAACCAAUAACAACUGCCACGUGUCAUCCGCACUUUACAAUGAUCAAGAUAGAGCGAGCUAGCCAUUUAGCAUCUUGUUAUUUUGUGUUGUGACUUGUGAGAUAGGCAUGCAUGUGACAACUAGAUUAUUGUAUUGUUAAAUAUGUAAAUAUUUCAACGGUUGUCAUUUGUUGUAUGAAGAAGUGGGGGUCUAUAAUAUAUCUUUGGUCAUUUUCAAGAAA